AUUGGGCCUUCCACCUGGAUCCCUGGACCCUGGGAUGGCAGAGCCAGGCUUUGCCUGGGUCAGUAGGAGGAGCAGGGAAGAUGAGGAGGCUGGGGAAGAUGGGGAGGUCUUGGCUCUUUUGCAGGGAUGGAGAGGCUGGUGGAAGGAGAAAUCAGCCGACCCCCUUGGGUCAUCUCCAGUUGCAAGAUGGCCUGGCCCUUGCCCAGGGUGCUGCCCUCCCUGUUGGAAUCCAGGGCAUGGGGCUAUGGCCUGACCACGUGUGCCCAGGGCAAAUGUGCUCAGUCAACUGCCAGGAUGCAAGAUGGUCCUGCCCCCUUGGGGUUUAGAGCUGGAAAGUGGGAGAGCGGAGAAUCCUCUGGGGAGAAUCCUCUUCAUGGCUGCAGGAAAGAGAGACUAGUCCAGAAGGGACCUUGAGGGGUCAUCUGGCACUAGUGCCCCUCCAGGAAGGAAGGCCCUGGUGGCCACACUGACUUCACUCUUACUAUGUGCAGGCACUGUUCCAGAGCUGGGGACGGCCAUCUGAAGAGGGCCUUUUGCUGCUCGCCUUCGCUCUCAGUCUUGGGGCCUUCCCCAUCAUCUUUCUUCUCGCCUUCUGGAUCUCCUCAACUUUUGGAAGCCGCGUGACCUACGUCAUUCAGAUUCCAAGAGAGAGGUCAUCCUGGGUGAUUCCUUAGCUCCAAGAAGAGGCUUGGUGGUUGAUUCUCCAAGAUUCAUGGUAGCAGGCUGGCCUGCCACUCCUCCUGCUAUGAUGCCUGGGCAGAUCCCGGACCCUUCGGUGACCGCAGGCUCCCUGCCAGGGCUUGGCCCCCUGACCGGGCUCCCCAGCUCGGCCCUGACUGUGGAGGAGCUGAAAUACGCUGACAUCCGCAACCUCGGGGCCAUGAUUGCACCCUUGCACUUCCUGGAGGUGAAACUGGGCAAGAGGCCCCAGCCCGUGAAAAGUGAGCUAGAUGAGGAAGAGGAGCGAAGGAAAAGGCGCCGGGAGAAGAACAAAGUCGCAGCAGCCCGAUGCCGGAACAAGAAGAAGGAGCGCACGGAGUUUCUGCAGCGGGAAUCCGAGCGGCUGGAACUCAUGAACGCAGAGCUGAAGACCCAGAUUGAGGAGCUGAAGCAGGAGCGGCAGCAGCUCAUCCUGAUGCUGAACCGACACCGCCCCACCUGCAUCGUCCGGACCGACAGUGUCAAGACCCCUGAGUCAGAAGGCAACCCGCUGCUCGAGCAGCUCGAGAAGAAGUGACCAUGGGCUGGGAGGAGGUGGAGGAGGAGGAAGAAGAGAAGGAAAAGUGACGAAGAGGGAGGAGGAGGGGGGCCCCAGAUGGCCCUUCCUUUGGUGCAUGAAAAACUGUACAAUGAGGUUCAGCACAGCCAGCAUCAGCCGAGCUUUUUUGUGAAACUCAGAUCAGCCACCCAGGAGGAAGAGCGGGCUGAGGAAACCCAGAGGGACCAAGCGCUGAGACCAAAGUUGACCCUCGGGUAGGGUUGUCCUGCCUGGGGCCCCACUUGAAGGAGGCAGGACAGAGGCACCAAGGCCAGGGAGACGCCCAACGAGGCAGCCCUGGGCUCUUUGGCCUCUUCACCAGGGCACCCAUCCGAGGAACCUCCGAACAGCCAGGAAAAGCCAUGACUUGCAACCAAAAUGCGGCUGAGGAUGGAACUCAGAAUGAAACUGCAACCCACCUGCCCCCAGCCCUGCCCCUCGCCCUGAUGCGAAGCUGGAAAGGGGCGUGCUGUGGGGCCCUGAUGCCCCCACCCACCUCGGUCCAGCGCGGCCCUGCCCAGGAGGCGGCAGCCGGGCGCACCCUCGCCAGCCCUGCUGGAGUUUGCUGUGGGCACUGAGGCGCGGGCGCCCUUCCAAAGCACAUACUCACCGAAUGUUUACAGACUGGCUGUCCUGGCAGGGCUUUCAACUGCACAUGUUUUUUAUACUUUCCUUUUUUUUUUUUUUUUUAAUAUUUUUUACAAAAAAAAAGAUUUUAUACAAGCAAUAUAUAUAUGGAUUUCUAUAAUCACUCGAUGUGAUACAGUAUAAAUAUGCUAUGGUUUGUUUGUUAUGAACAGAUAGCCACCAGUUACGGCCGUUGUGUGUAACUCCUAAGUACUGUAGUCUCUGGGUGUCGGGGGUGGCCAGGGCGGGGGCGGGGUGCAUUUCCAUCCUUGUAAACCCUUCAUAGUACUCAGUCCUGUAUCGCUCAGUAAACAUUGCUCUUACUUACA